UAUUAUUUUUGUUUAUGAUGUAAACUAGUAAACCGGAAGUAAUGGAGAGGUCGUGAUGGAUUUCUGCAGAUUACUUUCAUUUCAUUAUUGUUCUCUCAAUAUAUUUAUAAGUUUGAGUUUAUUGCCAAUUUGUUUUAGAAUUACUUCAUGUAGUACUGCUGAUGUUGUAAAACGAGAUGCAGUAUCAACAAUCAUUCCACCUAUUGUUGACACAAAUACAACAACAGAUGCAAGCAAAGGCAACUUUUUCAAUGUAACACCAACUGAGUCAACCACCAUUGAUUUCUCCUACCUCCAACAUUGUCCAGAUAAUGUACCUUGUGAAAACCUUGGUGCUUCAUGUAUAAACUGCAAGCUCAACUACUACUGUGUCUAUGGGAAGACUGAGACAACAGAAUGUACUGUCAAACAGAACAUCACAUGUUUGGGAAGCCGGACUUUCAAAAGACCAUAUCAUUGUCGCUAUGGUUACCAACUUGAUGCUGAUAAAAUAUCAUGUGCUAAAGCAUUGAUGGGAAGCAACUGUCAAAUGAAGCAAGCCCCGCCUCAGACAUUUAUAACUUACUGUACAGUAAAAGAAGAAGAAAUAUGUCUAGGAAACAGAACAUUCCUUAAAAAGUUUCCAUGUAACUGGACCAGUGGAUUUAAAUGGUCAACAGCGCUAGCACUAAGUGUAACAUUGGGUGGUUUUGGUGUGGACAGGUUCUAUAUUGGAUUAUGGAGAUCUGGUAUCGGCAAGCUCUUCAGUUUUGGAGGUCUUGGAGUUUGGACAAUAGUAGAUGUUGUACUGAUAGCAGUGGGAUAUGUUGGACCCCAUGAUGGUUCCUUGUACAUUUACCCCUGGGACUGAACUUGCUGACACAUUCCUCAUCAGGGAACCAAUAAUUAGUAUGCUCAUCAACACUACUAUUUCACAGAUGGAUGAAAAUAUCUAUCAAGACUGUCUCACACUGAUUUGUCAUGAAACUUACAUAAGACAAGUUUUGUGUGCUGAAUAUUGAGAAAAACACAUGAGAAAUGAUGACUUUCUGAAAAGUUUUCUUAUUCUUUUGAGAUCAAUUUUGUGACAAACUGUGGUAAAUUCUAAGAAAACUGAAGGAUGUGGACUGACAGUGACUUUCUUCUCUAUCAAUGAAGGCUUCAAGCAUUUGUGUAGGCUAUAGAGAAAAAUAUCAUCAAUAUUUAUAGAUUCAUCUUCCUACAUUUUAAAAGAAGCAUAAAUAAAGAAUAUUGAAUUCCAAUCAGGGCUGGCAAAAUUUGAUUUGGACUUACUUGUCUGUUUUUAUGUGAUGCAUUUUUCAACUUGUCCGUAUGAUUUUUACAUAGUUAAUUCUUGAAAAUUUACAUUUGUCCGUACAGGCUGUGGGACAACCUGGGCAAUACGGACAAUUGGUUUUGCCCGCCCUGCCAAUAGAUGAAUAAAAAGCUAUUGACACCAAAAAAGCUUCAUAGUUUUAGGACUGGGACACUGGGCCAAGAUAGUUGUAAAGAAUUGUGUGUGCAAUAUCAUGUAUAUAACAUGUAUUAUGUAAAUUUGUAAUGGACAACAUGUGAUAAUAUAGAUCUCAUAGCCAUGUCUAUAAAUCUGUGGAUGUAUUUAUGAUUGUAAAUAUUGAAACUGUCAUACAAUGAAGAUACACAAUAACACAAUUAUGUCUUAUAUUUCUUAAUAUAUACCUCAUGAUUGAUGUUUAUGUUUUACAAAUUUGUUUAUUCGUAUAGUCAUUAUAUUAUGAUUUUUCAUUGAUUGUAAUUAAGACUUGUUAGGUAUCUUGUAACAGAUUUACAAUUGUGUGAUGCUAGUUUGAUAUCCAACCUGAAAUUUUUGUGAUUUUUUUUUUUAGCUCAGAUGUUAAAGGUCAAAAUAAUUGAAUUUUGCUUGAUUUUUGCUAUAAUUGGCUAUAACUUUAAUUAUGAAUGGUAUGUUUUCAUUCUUGAGCACAAUUACUUUAAGGACAAUAUCUUAAAGAAGAUCAAACUUGUAAUACUUCUUGUGUAAUGUACGUAUAUUUAUUAUGGAUACGGAGUUCAGUAAUUCACAAAUGUGAAUAGAUUAAAGUAAGAACACAGAUGUGAGCUUAUCAAGUUUAAUCUCAGAACUGGCUAGUGGCGGGAAUCGCCUGUCUAUAAAUAAGAACUGCCCAUUCAAGCAUUAAUGGAAUAGUACUGAUAAUAUAAAGGUCAAGGUAAAAUAAUCAUGCAGGUUAAACUAGUAUCUGAUAUCGUUACAUUUCCCUCUUCUUGAGAAUUUGAAACUCUUUCAAUAUACAAAUGUCUAUUAAAUAUGUUUGAUAAUCAUUUAACAAUAAUAUUUUUAUUACAUGAAAUAAUGAAUAAUAUAGAUGUUUAAGUUGUUACUUAACAAACAAACAAGCUUUAUCAUUGAUGAAAAAAUACAUGUAUAUGAAUUACAAUAAUGCGUGUAAUUAAAACAUAGGUUUUAACUAAUAAGUCAUAAAGUUCAAUCACAUCUUUUUUUUUAAUGUUUUCUGCUUUAUUGUUCAUUUGUUACUCCAUUUUUCAUCAAAGUAUCUUUUGUUCUGUUUUACUUCCCUGCCUGAACGUGUGACAUAAGGGUUAUUUUGGCGGGGCUUAUCAUUGCACUCAGAGGUUAUAGCGUGGUCAGAAUUAUGUGAUUCUGGAAAGUUACUGACAGUGGGGUUCAAUAAGGGGUUAUUGGGAGGUGAUUCUUCCAGGAUUCUAGGUGAGAAUUCUUGAAUUUCUGGAAAGUUUUCCUUUGUUUUGUUCAGCUUGACCCUGUUUCUGCGGUAAAUACCACCUGUUUUAGUUUGCACUGAAUAGGAGCGGUCAUCGUGUAUUUCUAUAACUCUUGCUGGUUCCCAGUGAUUUUUAACCUGAAGCCGUAUAUACUCAUUUAGUUUUAGAGGGGGGAGUUUUCUGGUGGUUUUAUCAUAGCAAGAUUUUUGUUUUUGUUUGAUAUCUUUCAUUUUUUUAUUUAUUGUCUUGGGGUCGAUGCAUUGGGGCUUCAGUUGCGCAUUAGUGACAGGUAGAAUUGAUUUUGUUCUUCUACCCAUUAAUAGUUGGUUUGGUGAAAAGCCAACUUCAAGGGGUGUAUUUCUAUAUUCUAGAAUAGCCAAAUAUGGAUCUUUCUGGCUUUCCUGGGCUUUUUUGAAUAACCUUUUAACAAUGGACACUGUUUUUUCAGCGAGACCAUUGCUGAUUGGAUGUAAGGGGCUUGAUGUAACAUGUGAAAAACCCCAUUCUCUCGCAAAAUCUGCGAAAUUUUCUGCAGAGAAUUGCGGGCCGUUGUCUGUCAUUAGUUUGUCACAUAUGCCGUAUCUGGCCAUAUGGACUUUAAGUUUUCUAAUUACAGUUGUACUUUGAGUAUUUGGGAGAGCAUCUACUUCAAAGUAUCGACUGUAAUAGUCUACGGUGACCAGAUAGUCCUUGUUGUCAAAUGAGAACAAGUCAGCGGCAAUGUUUUGCCAUGGUCUGUCUGGUACGUCAUGUGAUAUCAAAGGCUCUUUUGCAUUUGAAUAUCUGUGCUUUUGACAUACAGCACAUUGAUAAAUAUAACUAGUGAUUUGUUUUGCCAUGCCAGGCCAAAACAAAGCGUCCCUAGCUCGUCGUAUAGUUUUUUCCACACCCAUAUGACCUUGAUGAACUGACUCUAUCAAUUGCUGUCUUGCGUAGGCGGGAAUAACGAUUGUUUGACCAAUAUAAGGUCGUCUGCUACAGAGAGUUCGUCUCUGUGAUUGAAAAAUUCCACAACAGCAGGAUUACAGUCUGCGCGGGAAAUUGGCCAUCCCUCAUUUGUAGGUUCUGUUACUUUUGUAAUUAUCCUCUUUCUCCAUGUGCUGGAGUUCAGUUUUUAAUCUUUCUCUUAAUGCCUCCGGAACCCUGCGGAGAGGAUUAAUGAUAGGAAUUGCAUCUGGCCUAUAGUGCAAUCUACUCUCACCUGGAAUGACCCCGAUGCCUUUAAAUACAUCUCCAUACUCUGAUAAGAUCUUUUGUUUAUCAGGUGGUGUAGAUUUUUGUUUUGUUUUGGGUUUUACGUCACAUUGACACAGUAUAGGUCAUAUCGCGACGUUCCAGCUUUACUGGUGGAGGAAGACCUCAGGUGCCCUUCCGUGCAUUAUUUCAGGCACAAACGGGCACCUGAGUAGAACCACCGACGUUCCGUAAGCUAGCUAGAUUGCUUCCUCACAUGAAAGAAUCCAAAGUCCCUGUCGGGAUUCGAACCCACAGCGGUGAGGGGCAAGUGGUCAACGACCUUAACCACUCGGCCACAGACGCCCCAAGUGGUGUAGAGGUUUCUACUGAGUAUGUCAAUUGUAUCAGGUUAAGGUUAACAGAUGUUUGUAAACUAAGUAGUGGGACGGUGUUGCUAUCUACAAUGUAGCAAUUUGAUUGACAGCUCUGAUCCCUGUAACUCAUUUGCAGGUUGAGCGUGCCACAUACAGGUAACCUGUUUCCAGUGUAUGAGGUCAAGUGACUACUGGGGGGCUCAAGAGGGUGAUUUAUGUUGAGUUUCUUGAGCUGAUUUAAAGGGAGAAUAUCUACAGCGCUACCUGUGUCUAAUUUGAAAUGUAUAGGUAUACGGGAAGGGCCAACAUUUAUUUGGACAAAUGCACGUUCAGUAGGAGAAGAAAAAUUUACCGUGUCUAUGCAAAAUUCUGUAUUUUCCUCUGCAUCCGAAUCACUUUGUUUAAAUCCAUUUGCUGAACUAACGUUAUGUACAUUCCUGCUUUUUGAUCUGCAUACACAGGCAAAAUGGUUAAACUUUCCACAAUUAUGACAUGUCAUGUUUUUGGCUGGACAGAUUUGAUGAUGCGUGUGCUUUUUUCGUCCACAGUUUGAGCAGUUUCCAUCCUUGGAGUUUCCUGCUGCUUUUUGUUACACUAUUGUUGGUUGUUGUUGUUGAUGAUGAUGAUGCUGAUGAUAGCGGUGGCAUUGAUUAGGGCAUAUAUUUCUCUGUUUGACUGCGUCUACAUUUUCUUUGCCUAUUGUCCUUAAUUGUUCUUGGCAGUAUUCCAUAUUUAGCACAAUGUGAAUUGUUUUGUCAAGUGUUAACUUAUCACCUUCGUUGAUCAAUUUUUCUCUGGCUUUAGGGUUAUUUAUCCCAAAAACAAUUCUGUCACGGAUCAUUUCUUCCGGCUUGUCGAAUUGACAAUCUCUGACCCUUAUCCGUAGUCGUGUCAGGAAAGAGUCGAAGUUGUCUGAACCCUGCGUUUCGUUAUAAAAUUUAAAUCUGGCAAAUAUGGGGUUGAGUUUUGGCUGCACGUAAAUUCGAAACCGUGUGUAGUAGGUUUCUAAUUUUUUCUGGUCUUCUGCUGAUAUAUCACCCCAUGUUUGGCGGACUUCUCUGCCCCUGCUUCCUACCCAGAUUAAUAGGUAGCUGACUUUCUGCUCUUCAAUCUUCUCCAGUAACGGGCCGUUGAAUAUUAAUUUUGCAUGCUCUUCAAACUUUUGCCAUUCGUCUGGCAAAUUGGUACUAUCCCAAUUUAUAUUCGGCGGUGGAAUUCCCUCCAUUGUUCUAACAAUUGUUUAUAAUAUAUGAGAGCUUUAUAAUCCUUUUUUCACUUUUUUUAAUCCUUUUUUUUCUUCUGACACCAUGUAAUACUUCUUGUGUAAUGUACGUAUAUUUAUUAUGGAUACGGAGUUCAGUAAUUCACAAAUGUGAAUAGAUUAAAGUAAGAACACAGAUGUGAGCUUAUCAAUUUUAAUCUCAGAACUGGCUAGUGGCGGGAAUCGCCUGUCUAUAAAUAAGAACUGCCCAUUCAAGCAUUAAUGGAAUAGUACUGAUAAUAUAAAGGUCAAGGUAAAAUAAUCAUGCAGGUUAAACUAGUAUCUGAUACCGUUACAAAACUGAAUAUGGCCUUGACUCAUAAGUGACAUUGACUUUGAAGGUCAAAUUAAUAUAAUUUCACAGUUUCUUUGCUAUAACUUUUUUAAGUAAUAAAUGGGUUGUCUUUAUACUUGGGCACAAUAAUCGUAGACAAGAUGUUAAAGAAGAUUUAAUUCACCUUGACCUUAAUUUGACCAUGACAUUAAUAAUUAGUAAAUUUUGCUUCAAUUGGCCAUAAUUUUGUUAUUGGAGAGGUCAAAUUAUGUUAUUGGAGAGGUCAGACCUCUCCACAGUGUUGAGAAUGAUUGCUUGUGGCAUACAUUUUUGCAUAUAAAAUAGUAAUUUAAUGAAUCUCAUUUAAAGCCUACAGUCUACAAAUUUCACUUAAAAAUAUGACGUUAACAUCAUUUAACAAAAUAUCAUUUAAGUUACAUUUAAAGCUAUGAACAAUGGUUUACUUGUUUUUUUUAUCCUUUUAAAUGUAUAAAUUGAUUAUUGUUUUCUGAAUAGCGAUUUACUAUUUAAUGUUCUGGAAAAUAGUAACAGUAGCUAUAGCUACAACAUCACCAAGCACUAUUAUAUGAUGGAGUGAACCAUGUACCGAAAUUUUGCUGCUCCUUUAACUUUGGAAUACCUCACUGAUUAUUCCUAAUUAUAGCUUAUCCCAAGACUGACAGAAAUAACGGAUAUGUUAUUUUUGUUAGCAGAUGCAAAACGACCAAUCAGAACUUCUUACUUUCCGGCCUUUUAACAAUUACAUCUUCCACAGCUGCAAAACAAAAACUCUUGCAUGCUUCUUUUUAAAGAAGCAAACUUGUUUAUUUCAUUAUUACCUUAAGGACUUUAUAACUUUGUUAUUUAUUUAUCUAUUUGAUUUAUUUCUUGGACAAAUGACCACUUCUGACAAAACUGACAUGAUGAUGAAUUCAAAUUUGAUCUUGAUGUAUAAAUGACCUUGCCCAUCAAUGUCAAACAGAAAUUUGAGUUGCAUUUUUUACAAGAAAAUAUAGUUUUGUAGGAGUAUUGUUUACUACAAUAUACUAACUAUGUUGGAGAUAAGAAGAAGUCGAGCAUGGCCCCCACCAGGGGGUGGCUCUUGUUUAUACUUGUAUUCAUAUUUGGUAAAUGUAUUAAAGAUCCUGUAACACAAUUUUUUCAUGGUUUUAUUUCAUAAAUAUGAUGCUCAAAUAAGGAUUUGUCAAUAUUGUAAGUUCCAAUAAGCAUUAUUUAUAAAGAUAUUACCCAAUUUAACAUUUCAUGUAAAUAAAGGGAGGUAAUUAGAGAUUUAUUUUCUAUAAAUUCUAAGUCAAAUUUUCCAAUAAGAAAUGAAUGCAUGUAGUUAACUGAUUAAAUAAAAUGUGCACAAAUAUUAAUUUUGCAGUACACAUUUUACAUAUUCUUCGAUGUUUGAAAAUUGUUUAAUUUGCAUAAUUAUAUACAUAUAUAAUUUUUUUGCAAGUGUGGUAUACACACAGUAACAAUAUCAAUCACAAAACACGGGAUCUUUAAUACAAUACUGCAUGAAUAAUUGAAAUUGAUUUUGAUGACAUGAUUGAUAUGUGUUUUAAUAAUGUCAUGAUUUGUAUUUCAUAUUUUGCAUUGUUCAUAAUUCAUAACUUAGAUUAUUCUUCAUGUCUACUGUUUGUUGUAUUGUUUUUUAUAUAAGUCGAGUAAAUUGUCAAUGAAUAAAAAAAUGUAUAUGCUA